ACGGGGGAGUCGGCGCGUACGCGGCGUGUGCGCUCGUGCCGUCGUCAUGCUGAACGCGGUCGGCCAAGGUUGCGGCACGGCCGGAGGCUGCGCGGGGAAUCCACUCGUCAAACUCGAGUUCCUCACCGAGGAGGUUGUGUGCAGAGGGAAGCACUCCGCCUCGACGGCCGAUUACCCGCUCGCUGUCGACGGUGCAGCCAAUGGCAAGCUGUGUGAAGCGGCCGGCCUCAACCACAAGCGCCGGCGGCUGGGCGGUGACCAGGAGGAGAGCCUAGCGGACGAGCUGAGCAUGUACUGCGGCCGCCUGCCGGUCCCUCCUGUCUACAUGCCCGCAGCCGAUCACCACCAGCGCGGUGCCCGCAUCGGCCGUAGCUUCCUGACGAUCCGACACAAUGCGUCGGUGUUCCACACGGAGGAAUGGAAGCCGCGCGGCUGCACCAUGUACCUGCCGCUGACGCAGGACGUGAUGAUCAACAUGCGCUGCAUCGACCAGGUCAGCUUUGAGAGUGACCAGUUCUUCCUCGCAGAUGGGAAGGGCAACUACAUUGGCGCCAAGAGUGGACCACCGAGAGGUCCUGGAGCAGUUGGAGUACCUCUGAUGCCAGCCUGUCCUGCUCAUGCUCUGGGUGUGCCCACAUGCGUCCAUGCUGAAAGCACCAUGACACAAAAACAUGCACGUGUUGAUAGAGUUUCUAAGGUGAAAUGUGUAGCCGUGUUUCUAUGUGACAAUUUCAUAGGUGUUUGAUUAAGAGAGAAAUAGAUGGCGAGCGCAGAACACAAGGGCCAACGCCAAGAGAUGUUUUUCAGGAGACGGGCCAUAUACACAAAGACAGUGCUCACAGCCAGGAUGCCGUGCCUAAUCUUUGCAUCAUAAUAAAAGCCCUCAUAGCGCCCAUGCUUUGAAAUUGGUAACCGCAUGGGCGCCGCCAUGAUAUAACGAUGUUAGUACACAACAUGAUUGUUUAGUGAGGUGGAACAAUAAAGUUGAUCAUGUUUAAUAAAGUUGUAUUUGUCACGGC